GCUUCAGCGCGCCGGCAUGUCUCUCAGGUGGAAGUCAGGAUGGCUCUUGCUGGUGGUUCUAGACAUCGUAUUCGGUCAGGGGAAGACGGUCCCGGCCAGCAUCCUGCCGAACAUUACCAACUUGCAACAACAGAACGAAGAUUUUAUCAACAGAUUCAUCAAUAAGUUCAACUUCGUUUUACCAGAGACUGUCACUGAAGCUACAUGUGGCGGAACGACCAACACCCAUAAGACGGUCUGGCAGAAUCCAAUGUACCCAUCCAUUGAAGGCGGUCUGCCCUCCCUUUGCCCUCUGACAGUCAAUGUCCCUCCAAACACCUGUGCUUUGAAGGUCCACUUCAUAGAUCUGGAUUUUGCUCCUAGAUUCUUUAGCUACCUGACAGGCUUUUGCGCACACGACAGCCCCUCCUUCAAGGCAUCCUACAAGAACGGCAUUACACGGCCACUGUGUUCUGAUCACUCGGGCUCAGAAGGCAUCCUGACCGUGAAUCCUGACGACGCCGAGCCCAUCCUCCUUCUGCUGCAGCUCGACCCCAGCAUCACCUUCAAGUUCCAGAUCAACGUGACUGCUGUGAAAUGCGACGAUGUUGUCCAGUUCAAGUCCCCUAAUGUAUGUGGCAUCAAGAACGAGGUGCCUCCCCUCAGGCGAAGCGGUCUUGCCGACGAUCCUGAAGUAAAGGUCGACGUCGAGGCCGAGUACGAUGCGGACUUAGAGUUGGAGGAGGAGGAGGAGGCCGCCGCCGCCCGCGAAGGCCGCGCCCGCAAGAACAAGCCGGACCGAGGCGGCAACGCCGGCCGCAAGAAGGCGAUCGUCAAGCGUCUGAAGGAGGACAUGAAUAUCUUCUCGCAAGCUUUCGCCUCGGCCAUUGAGAGGGGACGCCUCGGCACCAGAUCCGAAAAGGGACGCAUCCUGGGAAGCCCCGCCCGCGUGGCCGAGUGGCCCUGGAUGGUGGCCAUCCAGCUGAACGCCGAGGUGACGCUGCCCCUGUUCGGCGGGCCCUUCCCCUUCCCGCAGCCGCUGUGCUCGGGCGUCCUCCUCGACGACACCGCGUCCUCGCCUCCGCCUCCUGCGUCCUCAGCCUCGUCCCCUACGUGGACCAGCGCAGCGCCAACCUCCGCGCUCUGGUGGGCGAGUACGACGUCUCGACGAACGACGACACGACCAGCUUCAACGUCAGCGUGUCCAAGGUGACGUUCCCGCUGACCUACGACCCCAUUUACCUGAAGGACGACUUCGCGGUGAUCGAACUCGCCACGCCCGUGCCUUUCACGCCCACCAUCAGGCCCAUCUGCUUGCCCGUUGACUACAACCUGUUCCCGAGCAGCGAGGGCACGGUCACAGGCUGGGGCGAGGACGGCGUCGGCGGCACCGUCACCGUGCUUCAGGAGGCCAUCGUCGAGAUCUUGAACGACACCACCUGCGAGAGCGUCAUCGAGUCCCUCUU